AGUCAUGAAUGAGCAUCUGUUGUUUGACCGAGUGUAGAAGUAAAACUUUGAAAGUCACAUAAGGUGAAAGUGCUGACGUGGGACUGUACAGAUCAUAAAGGAUUCGACACCAUGCCCGUCCCAUUUCUCAGGAUGUGCACCACACGUUGCAAGCGUCUCUGGACUCUAGCAGCAAUGGUCAUCACAGCCUUCCUAGUCCUCUACGCCGUGAUGUCCCUCGGAGGAAAUGAUGAGAGAGAUGAUACGCAAAUGGGGGUUGUAAUGACCAGAAGUGAAGGCGAUCUCACGCACAUAAAACCUCAGGAAAUACUGGAAAAGGUUAAAGAGGUAGUCGAGACAGACGUAGAAGGAACACAAAAUAUGAAUAUAAAAGAAGAUGAAGGUGAACUUAACGACAAACUGUUUGAAAAUACUGAUGAAGGAGGAAACGGCGCAGAAGAACAGGAUGACGAAAGAACUCAAGAAAUGAUUGGUUGUGACGCAUGCGGAGAGUUCAUUGAAGAUGUGGAUAUUCCCUUUGAAAUGACAACCAGACGGAUUUUAGGAGAACAAACUCGGACCGAGGGUACGGACUUGGCGAUGAACCACGAGCGAUUGGGAUGAACCAAACUUUCAAAAUUCUUACACCAGAGGAGAAAGAGCUUCGGAGACAGGAGAGAGAGAACAAGACUAUAGCGAGAGCAGCAGAAAAGGAGCUGAGAGAAGCACUGCGGAUAGAAACGAGGAACAACAAGGAAAUGGCUCGGGUCGAGGAAAGGAAGCGACUGGAAGCAUUGACCAACAUCACGCACUCUCAGAAGAAACGGAAGCUAAGGUUGGAAAAUUCCUGCGGGAAGUCUGUGUACCUCAAGUACCAGAACUUGCUGUACAAAGACACCCUGCGACACCUGUUUGUGGUGGACAGCCAGAAACUGCUGUUCUGCUAUAUCCCAAAGGUUGGAUGCAGCAACUGGAAGCGCAUCCUCAUGGUUCUCGCUGGCAAAAGGAAAAUGAUGGACGGUAUCACUUCUAGAGAGGCACACUCUCGGAAUGGUUUGACUCACUUCGGCUCGUUGUCCAAGGCCGACCAGUUCUACCGGCUAAAGAACUACCGGAAGGUCAUGUUCGUUCGGGAACCCUUCACGAGGAUCAUAUCGGCAUACAAGAACAAGUACAAGGAUCUUAACGUAUUCCGUCUAGCACCGGAAUACCUGAAGCAGGUCGCUCGAAGGAUCAUGAGGAAGUACCGCCCUGGAGCCACUCCGCGAGAUCUAAUCACCGGUGAAAACAUCACCUGGGCAGAGUUCACAGAUUACUUGGUCGAUCCUGCAGAGCGCCCUCAGUUUGACGAGCACUGGAAGGAGAGCUAUAAGCUCUGCUCUCCCUGUAAGAUCAAGUAUGAUUUCAUUGGAAAGCUUGAAAACAUUGAAAAGGAGGCAAACUACGUCUUGCAAAAUUCAAACUUUACUCUUAAUCUAACUUACCCGAGUUCUACAAAUAGUCACCCAACAAACAGUGCUUCGUUGAAUAUAAGUAAUUUUUUUGAUAGUUUCUCCAAAGAAAAAGUACAGGCGCUUUGGGAUAUGUACAGAAUCGACUAUGCGCUUUUCGAUUAUGAAAAACCAUCAUUUGUGCCUUAAAGAUAGAGCCCCGUGCACAUUUAGGAACUUCAGAGUAAAUUAUGAACGAAAUGAAAUGAAAUGAAAUAAAAUGAAGUUAUAGUUGCCAUUUUAAGGUAAUAUUUACAUU